UAGUCUGGACGACGGACUUGUGAGUUGUGAUGCGAUCCCAGCUUCUUCUUCCGCUUUCUGCUACUGUUCUAAUUUUCACCUUUUUCCUUCCCGCACUCUCCUCUCCUCAUCGGUCAUUUUACCUGCCCUUCCAUCACCAUCAUCAUCAUUUCAUGCUCAUGCAGAUGUUGUUAAUGUUUUAGUACUAAUAACCUACUCUCUCUCUCUCUCCUCUCGUCACUCUCUCUCUCUCUCUCUCUCUCUUACUCUCACACCCAGUACUACCACCGAUCUCCACAGUCCCCACUAGCCAAAAAGGCAUCCGCCCAUCCUGCUCCAGCUAGAUAUCCUCCCUCCCCCUUCCUGCAUUUACUCUUCCUGAUCUCCUCAGCCCAAAAUUAUGCCUCCCUUAUCCCUCCUCCUCCUCCUCUCUCUCUUCUCCUCCUGCUCAACUUUUCCAUUGUCCUCACAUAUUAUUGCCACCACCGCACCUGCCACCCACAACCGCCGCAUCCUUCACCAACCCUUUCUCCCGCAAGGCUCGCUCCCACCGUCACAGCCUCCUAACCCUUCACCCCCCGCCCCCGCUACCCCCAAAUACCCGUUCUCUUCCACUUCCAAUUCCCCCAACAACACCCCAUUCUUCCCAUCCGUCCCCUCCCCUCCUCCGCCGCCUUCUCCAGCCUCCUACGCCUCCUUCCCUGCUAACAUCUCCUCCCUCAUCCUCCCUCAGCCUUCCAAGUCCAAACCUGCCUCCUCCAAGCUCAUCGCCGCCGCCAUCGCUGCCGUGGUCGCUGCCGCCAUUGUUGUCUCCCUCGCCGUCUUUUUGCACCUCCGCCGGAAAAGAAACCGCCGAGCUUCUAGCGAUGCUAAGACCCAUAGAUCCGACAACAGCACUCGAUUCCACUACCCCAAUGCCACUUAUUCCGCCAACGGAAGCGUCCCCAAGCUCCAGAGGCCAUCACAGACGAGCUCCGAGUUCCUCUAUCUGGGUACCUUGGUAAAUUCGCAUGGGGCCAUUGGUAAUACUAGUCCGCAGCAAAAUGCGCGCAGCAGUACUGCUGAUAGGAGUACUGCCAAUUCCAGAAAGCUGGACUCGCCGGAGCUACGGCCAUUGCCGCCGCUUAGUGGCCAGCAGAAUGCAAGCCGAAACCACAAAAAUGCCGAAGUGGGGUCCGCUGGGGACGAAGAAGAUGAAGAGUUUUACUCUCCUAGAGGGUCUUUAGGGGGCAGGGACAGCUCGAUCGGCACUGGAUCGGCGUCCAGGAGGGCAUUUGCUGCUGUAGAAGUGGAGAAUUUUGGUCGGUCGAGCUCUGCUUCGUACUCUUCUUCUAGUUCUGCUUCGGGCUCGCCGGUGAGGUCCGUUUCACUCAGCAUUUCGCCUCCAGUGAGUUUGAGUCCGAAGGCCUCGAGGCCCAAGUCGCCAGAGUUGGUUGCUCUUCAGACUGCGCCUCCCCCGCGGGCUCCACCACCUCCGCCAGCACCCCCGAUAUCGUUUUUCAAUGCCCCUUUUGUUGACCAAAGACUAUCGGCAUCGGCAUCGACAUCGCCGUCUCUGUCGCGAUCUCCGUCGCCUCCUAGUUCAUCAUCGCCCGAAAGAGUUUAUAGUCGAAGCAGGGAGACUUCCCCUAGAAUCUCAAACGUAUCCGAUCAGAAUUUGGAGUCUCCAGUGAUUAUUUGCAGUCCUGCUCAGCAAGCUACGCCUGUUUCCAUUCCAUCACCGCCUUCAACUGUUUCAGCCCCACCACCUCCUCCGCCGCCGCCUCCCACUGUUUCAAUCCCACCGCCUCCGCCGCCAAUUAAACACUGGGAAAGUCCCGCAACACCUUCGGCGGCAGCCAUUAGGAUAUUAACCGAACCACCAGCUAUAAUAACACCUUUAAGGCCUUUAUCUAUGCAGAACCCAACAGUAAUUUCACCUAUGCAACUGCCAUCAAAUUUGGAGGCUGUUGAAAAGACUGAGGAGACCAUCGAAACCCAGGGGCGUCCUGUUACUGAGAAUGUUGUGAAAGAUGAGGAAAAAAAUGAAGAGACCCCUAAACCAAAAUUGAAGCCAUUGCAUUGGGAUAAAGUCAGAGCAAGUUCUGAUCGCGAAAUGGUGUGGGAUCAACUGAAGUCCAGCUCAUUCAAGUUGGACGAAGAGAUGAUUGAGACAUUGUUUGUUGUGAAAACUCCAACUCAAGUUCCCAAGGAAACAACUCGAAGGCCAUUCCUUCCCUCACCAAGCCAAGACAAUAGAGUGCUUGAUCCCAAGAAGUCGCAGAAUAUUGCCAUUUUACUGAGGGCCCUCAAUGUGACGGUAGAUGAAGUUUGUGAAGCUCUCAUUGAAGGCAAUGCAGAUAAUCUUGGAACUGAACUCCUUGAGAGUUUAUUGAAGAUGGCUCCAACAAAAGAAGAGGAACGUAAGCUGAAAGAGUAUAAAGAUGAUUCUCCAUUUAAGCUUGGGCCAGCUGAAAAAUUUUUGAGGGCAGUGCUGGAUGUUCCUUUCGCAUUUAAAAGAGUGGAUGCAAUGCUCUACAUCUCAAGCUUUGACUCUGAGAUUGAGUACCUAAAAAGGUCAUUUGACACUUUAGAGGCAGCAUGUGAAGAACUGAGGAAUAGCAGGAUGUUUUUGAAACUUUUAGAAGCUGUGCUGAAGACAGGAAACCGUAUGAAUGUUGGGACUAAUCGUGGUGAUGCACAUGCAUUCAAACUUGAUACGCUCCUGAAGCUUGUCGAUGUGAAGGGAGCUGAUGGUAAAACGACUCUCUUGCAUUUUGUCGUUCAGGAGAUAAUAAGAAGUGAAGGUGCUCGUCUUUCUAGUGCAAACCAAAAUCACAGUACCAGUGUCAAUGAUGAUGUGAAGUGCCGGAAGCUCGGGCUUCAGGUUGUUUCGGGCCUUAGUUCAGAACUCGCAAAUGUCAAGAAAGCUGCUGCUAUGGAUUCUGAAGUGCUCAAUAGUGAUGUCUUGAAGCUGUCGAAAGGAAUUGGAAAUAUUGCUGAGGUUGUACGAUCAAUUGAAGCAGCAGGCUCAGAGGGGGGCAGCAGCCAGAAAUUUUCUGAAUCAAUGAGUGGUUUCAUGAAGAUGGCUGAGGAGGAGAUUAUAAGGAUUCAAGCCCAAGAAAGUGUUGCACUGACGCUGGUGAAGGAGAUCACAGAAUACUUUCACGGAAACUCAGCGAAGGAAGAGGCUCAUCCUUUCAGAAUAUUCAUGGUUGUGAGAGACUUUCUAUCAAUUCUUGAUCGGGUAUGCAAGGAAGUCGGAAUGAUAAAUGAGCGAACAACAGUUAGUUCCGCUCACAAAUUUCCUAUUCCAGUGAAUCCUAAUCUGCAGCCAAUUUCCAGUGCUUUUCCCGGAAGGCAGCGGUAUAGUUCUUCAGAUGAUGAGUGCUCUUCACCUUAGUUCUUGGUUCUUCGAGUACCUUUUACUCUUUUUUUUGCUACUGGCCAAAAAGAUUGUAACAUAUAAAUGUGGCCAGAUAGGAGCUAGUUAGGAUAGUGCCUCCCAAUCACUUUAGGUGUAUGUAAUCUUUUUUGCCCUCUAUUGUAUUUAGUAUAGCAUAUGAUGUAAACGAAUUUUGGAAACCGUUCUGUGGAUUAUAUAUAGUGGGAGGAGAUCUCUUUACACCGAAUAAAAAAAA